UACCUUUGCAUCGAUACUCUAAUGAUCGCGGAAAGAUUUUUGCGCAUAUAAGAUUUGUGUAUAUAAAACCGUUGCAUAAAUCAACAGCUAUACAACUGUAGCAACAUGUCGUGCAGCAGCAGCAACGAAACUUCGUCGCUAAACGCUCAGGCGGAACAUGUGCGCACUGCAAGGCACGAUCAACAGCAACAAGUGGAGGCCGAGGCGCCCACGUCAGUGUCACCGUCGCAAUCUGGAACGCUGUCCAUAAGUGAGAGCAAAGAGCUAACCGGUUUGACGCAUGAAUGUGGUGUCUUUGGUGCCAUUGCCUGCGGCGAUUGGCCUACUCAGAUCGACAUUGCACACGUGAUUUGCUUGGGACUAGUUGCCCUUCAGCAUCGUGGUCAGGAAUCUGCGGGUAUUGCUACCAGUGAGGGCAAGUGCUCCAAAAACUUUAAUGUCCACAAGGGUAUGGGCAUGAUCAGCACGCUCUUCAAUGACGAUUCUAUGAAGAACCUUCGUGGAAAUCUAGGAAUUGGACAUACGCGCUACUCAACGGCUGGUGGUUCGGGGGUAGUAAACUGUCAGCCAUUUGUGGUGCACACAGCACACGGCGCGCUGGCACUGGCUCAUAAUGGCGAGCUGGUCAAUAAUGAAUCUCUGCGUCGUGAGGUGCUGGGUCGAGGUGUCGGCCUGUCAACGCAUAGCGAUAGCGAACUUAUAGCGCAAUCUCUUUGCUGUGCUCCAGAGGACGUCUCGGAGCACGAUGGUCCCAACUGGCCAGCGCGCAUUAGACACUUUAUGAUGCUCGCACCGUUGUCAUAUUCGCUGGUCAUUAUGCUAAAGGACAAGAUCUAUGCCGUGCGUGAUACUUACGGCAAUCGGCCACUGUGCAUCGGCAAAAUUGUGCCUAUCAACUCUGGUCCAGCAGCAAACAACAGCGAGACUCCCGCUGAAGGCUGGGUAGUAUCUAGCGAAAGCUGCGGAUUUCUUUCCAUUGGCGCACGUUAUGUGCGCGAGGUUGAGCCUGGCGAAAUUGUGGAGCUAACGCGCCGAGGCUUUCGCACCGUGGACAUCGUGGAGCGCCCAGAUUUUAAGCGCAUGGCUUUCUGUAUUUUCGAGUACGUGUAUUUUGCACGUGGCGACAGCAUCUUCGAAGGUCAAAUGGUGUACUCUGUGCGUCUAGAGUGUGGACGUCAAUUAUGGCGCGAGGCGCCCGUUGAGGCGGAUAUUGUAAGCUCGGUGCCGGAGUCGGGCACAGCUGCAGCUCAUGGUUACGCCAGAGAAUCAGGUUUGGAAUUCGCCGAGGUCCUUUGCCGUAAUCGCUAUGUGGGUCGUACCUUCAUUCAGCCUUCAACACGUUUGCGACAACUAGGCGUUGCAAAGAAGUUUGGCGCGUUGUCCGGAAAUGUGGCUGGUAAGCGACUAGUGCUUAUCGAUGACUCCAUUGUGCGUGGCAACACAAUUGGCCCCAUAAUAAAGCUGCUGCGUGAUGCUGGCGCUAGGGAGGUGCACAUUCGCAUUGCCAGCCCACCGCUGCAGUAUCCCUGUUACAUGGGCAUCAAUAUACCCACGCGCGAGGAGCUUAUCGCCAACAAGUUGAACCCCAUGCAGUUGGCCCGCCAUGUGGGCGCCGACAGUCUGGUUUAUUUGAGUGUUGCCGGUUUGGUGCAAACAGUGCAGCGCAAGCAACUGGGAACUGCUAAGGCACCCGGUCACUGUACUGCUUGCCUCACAGGUGAAUAUCCCGGCGGACUGCCGGACGAAUUAAGCUGGUGAGCAAUUCCAUUGCCCUCCGCAAAAAUAACUACAGUAUGAAGCCAAUGAGUGCUCUGAAUUACUGUCACAAAUUAUGUAGCUACUCUAUUGCAUUUAUAAUGGCUUUUAGCCAUGCCCAUUCCAUUUUGUAUACGCCUACCUAUUAAUUAAUAAGAACAAACAAUCGAGAACAAGUUACUUUUUAGAAAGAAGCUCUCUAUUCCUCUGUAUUUGGUACAAACAAAGCCUUGAAAUAUGCAAACGAUCUUCCAAUAUUUUGCCAUUGUUAUCAUAUAUCUGUUAGCCAAUAAAAGCAUGACG